AUGGCGUUGGAUGCCAAAUUUUUCCAAGAUAUGGAGGUGGUUUUGGCUGAAAAGGAUUCUGAAGAAGCCCUAGAGAAAUUUCGAGGCGUUCUUGAUUAUAUGACUGGUCUAUCGCCGUCCCUCUUUGUUGAAGCUGUCUCAAACGUCGCAAGCAUGAUAUGUCAGGGCACAGUGACAGUCAUUACAGCUCGUCAAAUCGGUACAGAAUUGAUCCAUUACACCGACAGUUUCCCCGACGACCACCUAGUCAUAUCAGCAUUCUUUCAAAUGCUCUCACGACUGCAGUCCCGUGUUAUUGCACUUGAAGCGCAGUUGGCUAAUUUACGAGAUCUCCUUGCUCAGCGUCUCGUAAAAGUCGGUGAUCUUCGAGAAGCUGUUACGGUGCUUCGUGGGAUACCUAUCGAUUCUCAUACGUGCGUUUACUCUGAUGAAUAUAAAUUGGAAAUAUGCUCCCGAAUAGUGGAUGGCUUCUUCAAGCUUAAGGAACCCGACAAUGUUGAGUCAGCUAUCAAUUCGGUCUCGAAGCUACUGAACAACUGCAAGGACGAACGCUUGAAAAUGCGUUUCAAGAUUGCACAGGCACAACUCAUGGAUGCCAAGCGAAAGUUUCUAGAGGCCGGUCAACGAUACAUUGAAUUAUCGAUUCGCUUCCGUGAAAUCUCAACGGAUGCUGAAAGAACUGCCUUUCUUGAGCAUGCACUGCUAUCCGCCAUCUUGGGAGGCGCGGGUCAGCAGCGGGCCCGCCUUCUGGCCUUCCUUUACAAAGAUGAGCGUUGUCAUGCUCUCCAGGCCUUCCCUAUUCUUGAAAGGAUGUAUAAACAACGUCUGAUAAGCCGAGAGAAUAUGAGGAGUUUGCGUCCCCUUCUCAUUCAGUACUAUCCUCACAUCUUCGGUGAUGGAGGGCAGCAACUAGAGGAGGUUCUGGAGCGAGUUGUGGUGGAACACAACAUGCUUGCCGCCAGCUACCUCUACAAUAACAUUACCUUGGAGAAUCUUGGUGAAUUACUGGAGGUCGAAACUAGUCAGGCUGAAUCGAUUGCCGCGCAGAUGAUCGAGGAGAACCGAAUGGUCGCCCAAAUAGAUCAAAUCGAUGGAGUCGUAUACUUUGAGAAAGACAGUGGGACAACAUCGGCGAAUACCCGAAUGCAGAAUUUGUGGACCUCGCUGAACCGCAUUCUUGAGGGCAUCGAAACUGACCAUCCACAGUGGGUUUCAGCUCGCUUGGGAAGUGUUGCUUGA